GGAGGCACACAAAGCAUGGCAACAUCAAGAAUAUCAAUAUGCAAAAGCUUUAUUGUUCAUGUUCUCUGUCUGUCAUAUCAUGGUGGUAAGAACUAAGAUGUCUGCUUAGAGAAAGAGAGUUUGCUAAUUCAAUUAGAGUUUGCUAAUUCCUAGAAUCUCUCUACCCCCUCCAAUAAAGUGUCCAACACCACCAAAAUUUCGCUUCACCCCUCCUAUUUUGUGUGGAAGGUUUUGACCCGAACGCCUAACCCCUGCCGAAGCUCACUCAGUGGUGCCGCUUGCACCCCACCAGAAAUGUUUCUACCCCUCCUUUUAAAUAAAUGAAAAUCCGCCCAUGGCUAAUUCACACUUCCGGAAAGUGCUUUGCCUCCGAGUUGUAGGGUGGCAAUAACGACUUGUGACUUAAUUGACUUGCAGGACUCCAACAAAAUGACUUCUGGUGAAAAUUAACUUUUCUAGUGCAGCCAUGGGGAUUGGCAUAUGCCCAUGUAUGACUGUGAGCUUGUAAUGACUGUGAUCUUGUAAUACUGCAGUAUGACCGUGAGGUUGUAAUGUAUAUUAUAUAUGAUUGUCAUGGGUGACUCCCCAGUUCAUGAUAUACAGAACUGUACAGAAUUGCAACUUGACUUGGUCAGACAAAAUGACUUGACUUGGAAUCCGAGACUAAAUGACUUAUCAAAAUAAGACUUGUUAACAACUCUGCUUUGUCUUGACUAUGAACCUUGUUUUGUGACUGGGAUGUUGACUUUCGAGCUAUCUGUCUUGCUACUGCAUGGUAGUGUAAUUAUUAUAUAAAAGACCAGUUUGACAUUAUUAUAACUGCAUGUUUGGUUUUCGAAAAUGUGUCACAUGUUUCAAUCACGAAAACGAGGCUGUAUAGCCAAGGAUUAAUGAUUUUCGCAAAGGUGUUUUACAUUGUAUUUAAUCGAUUCAAAGACAGUCAAUAAAAAAUUAACCGAAUUAGAAUGGAAGUACAUAAUUUAGAUUUGACUUUUCGUACUGUAGUUGAUGCAUCCCACUCAAACGUUCGAUGUCAGCUAUAUCAGAUUGUUUAAACUGGUUGCAAAUACAAGGUAUGGAGAAGCACUUGAGGCUAAGUUUACACUGUCAAAGUUUCUGUGAUCACAGUAAGAAUUUUGCAUGGGUAACGAUUUGUAAGAAAUAUGUGAGGGAACUGUUAAACACUGAGUCAGUUCCCUCAAACAUCUCUUAUAAAUCCUUAAAAACCUGGACCUAUACAAAAUUCCUACUGUGAUCACAGAAACUUUGAUAGUGUAAACCAGGCUUUAGUUGUAUUUAAAAUGUCCAAACAUUCGGUGCUCUCGGUAAUUCAAACGCCAAGCAUUAAAAUGUAAUUCACUGUAAUUUUUAGACAACAACUCAUUACUAUACUAAGCCAAGAACUGAGCGGUGUGGAAGGAAUUCAUGAUAUUUGGAAACAAACUGGAAGACCUUGCAUUCCAAGACUUCUGUGCUCUUUUCAGCAAGUACGGAAUGCCUUAAAGAAUGUGCAAAUUAAGUGUCUUUUCUAUGACGUUUUACCCAUCUAUUGUGGAAGCCAGCUUUUGCACAUGUUAGCGUUGUAAAAUAAGUAAUAAUAAAUCUUCAUUGCCAGUGGAAGGAUUGAACACUGGGAAAUAAGCUUCAAUUAACUGAUUGGGGGGAAUUACCUUGCUAGUUUAGCUUUUCAUUCUAUUAUCUUAAUUCUAUAUUUUAGAACAAAAAUUCACAGCUUUUGAGCCGAAAUGUUUCGGAGGUUAGUAAAAUGAGUACCAACUAUAUUGUUAAUUGUUCUUUCUAUACAAACGUCUAUACACUAUAUAAGUCAUAUUUUUCUUCUAGGUGGAGUCAAACCCAGAUUCUUAUGCAAGUCGAACAAAAAUUAAAUCUCAGGUAACAGCAAAGUGUAAUGGUAUAAUUUGAACGUCGAUUAUCUGGGGUUCAGGGGGGUGCGAACCACCAUCUUAGGCUUGUCAAACGGAAGUAGAGGGAGAGGGGCAAUUUCCUUAUCAAAUCCAUGUACCACCAGUUAGACCCCUGGGGACUGUAGUACCCCAAACCCAAGGUUCUGACUGGAUCCAUCCCUGUCUGUCACUGAUAUAUUGGCCAUUAACAUUCAGUAAAACCUGAUUUGUUUCAAUUUGGUGUAUAUUCUUGCAGACUCCAGCCAAGAGCCCGCUGACAAAUCUACAACAUGCGUUAGAAGACCAGGUUUACAGCAUCAUGAGAAAAAGUCGCUUAUUGGGCAGUCUGAGGUAAUGUGUCUGCUGUUAUUCCCACUUAAACAACUUGUACAAUAUUGUUAUAUCAUGACUGUAUCAGACUUGUUGGAACAACCUUGCUACAAGUCUGAUAAUAUCAACAAGCUUGGUACAAGCUGUUAACAACUUGUACAAUAUUGUUAUAUCAUGACUGUAUCAGACUUGUUGGAGUGUUACAAGUCUGAUAAUAUCAACAAGCUUGUUGUUACAAGCUGUUUAAGUAUCUAUACAUGCAUGAUCAGUGGUCAGGGCAAUUCCUGGUUAGGGAAUUAAAAGGAUUAAUUUUUCAGCAAGAUCCUAUUGGACACGAAAAGUUGUGACAUAAUGUAAUGGAGAUUUAUUUUAUCCUCCAUAGUUCCAGUUCAUUAUUCACUGUCACGUCCAGUCAUAACUUUGUUCAUGUCCAGGCAGCAGAAAUCUCGCGUUCUGCCGAUACUCUUGAUCUUUUGGUGAAGAAAUUUCCAUUCCCAGCUUUACCUGGUGAGUUUAAUUAAGCACAUGUUUACGAGAUAGCUGAGCUAUCUCAGACAUACCUUUCACUUCUGUGAUCGGGUUCGAUUCCUGGAACAGUCGCAUGUGAGAAGAGUAUUUCAUGAUCAGUUUGACUGUACCAAACACACCAAGAUUUCUUCUGAUAAUAUCACUAGACCAAUAAAGCAUGACCCUUACUGGACCUCUGGGGAAAGGACUUUAGAUUUAGUAGUACCAGUAAAGUUGGUUUAGUUUAGCUUUAGCUUUAUGUUGUAAUAUUAGAUCAAUAAGUUUUAGAAAAAACUUCAACACUUUUAUCGAGCGAGGAGCCCGAAAUUCUGAUAUGUACACCUUACACUGGCAUAUACCUUAGUAUAGAAAGAUAAACUUGCGGUUAUAAUGCUCGUCAACCGUAGCUCAGUUGGUUAGAGUGUUGCACCGGAAUCACAGGGCCACAGGUUCGAUUCCUGCUAGAGGACCUAUAGUUGCAUUUUUCGCAACUGUUUCUGGUUAGGACUAGCUAAUUGUAUAAAAUUUACAGUCGAAAUUUCCAUAUACAAAAAAGCUUUCAACAUCUAAAUAAAGUUGGUUACCUUUAUCAGACAGUUUUAGGUCAGCACUCUUUCCCAAGCCUCCGCAAAACACCACCCCCUUGGACAGCAGCACAAAUUCUGGUCACAUGUUAUUCCGAGAUUUCUUGCGGGAACAAAUUGAUAACCUGAUGACGGGUGAUGGUCGUGAUGGACUGGCUGAGGGACGUAGAGGGACACAUGUUGAGGUAACACUCGGCCUUUGGGCUCGUGUUUGUACUGUGAUCCUUGUUCUUCUAAAUUUUCGUGUCUAAAGAUUUUAUAACUGUAUUAUUGAGUUUCAUAAACAUAAGGCCAUUUCAUUAAUCUUUAUGAAAACGGCCAACAACUAGCAUGAACCUGUUUUUGUCGUAGUUUCCAAAUUAUUAUGUUAUUAUAUUGUUUUUGUCCGUAAAUGCUAUUUUCCGGUUCACCAACCAUGAAACUUUGCAGUUAGUAAUUUUACAUGUCAUAUGUCUAGGCUUUUAUAUGUCAUAUGUUGUUGUUGUUGUUGUUGUUGUAAUUGUUGUUGUUGUUGUCGCCACCAACAUGAGAAAGCUUUCUAUUUCAUUUUCCAAGGUGCCCACCAUCAAGCAAUGGGCCAAGGUUUGUGUUUCUGUAUUUGGAUAUCUCAUGAGUGACAGAAGUAAUGAAAACAAUCAUAUGGUUUCACUGGCUGCAAACCUGGACCUCGACAUGAAGUUUUCUGAUGCGUGAGUUUUUUACUCCUUUUUAUUUUGCAGAGAAUAAUAACCCAGGAAUGUUCCCGUUUACAUUUAGGUUCAAUUCCUGCAAUACAACUGUUGGCUGAUUAUAGACCACUUUCAUAAUACAGAUGGGUUUAAAUAUUCUUUUAUGUAUGUAUUAAUAAACCUUCUUGUCCUUGUUUCAGGUUCAAAAAUUCUAUUUACUUUCAGUCACAAAAACGAAGAAUAAUAUUUAAACCCAUCUGUAUUAAAUGGUCUACAUUUCAUCUCGGUUACAUGUGAGAGGAGUUCUUGCGGAUUGAUUCUCUUGAACACCGCAAUUAUUUUUUCCCUGUAACUUUCCCUUUAGGCGUUGCCGUAAAGUUCUUCCAGUUGCCAGCAGUGCAUAUCUCGAUAAUCUGCCGUCUCAUUAUCCGGAAAGCGUGCAUAUUAAUCAGGUAUAGUCAAACCUCAGCUGACCAUGUUGCAGACACAAACCGACACUUGUUGCAAUAGCUUAUCUAUUAAACUUCUUUCAAGAUUUGUGAUGUUCACCUAUAGUUGUUUUAUUUUAGUUGAACCAAGCCCUUCGCGUGUUCGCGAUGAACGCCCGAGGUCCUGCAUAUGAGAAAUACGUCCUGCAGCUGCAAGAUGAUUGUAAUAAGGUCAGCAGCGUUUUGAUUAUAUUUGUCAAGCUUGUUGUAAAUGAGGAUUGGAUAUCUGCAUGACCUUGAAUGUAUAUAUAUAUAGUAUUUCUAAAUGGCUAAAUGAGUUAUGUGCUGGUACAUUAAAACGGACAUUCUUUCCUUCUUUCGUUAUUUCUUGUACCAUCUAUUUUUCUUGUUCCUCAGAUGUGGAUAAAUGGCAGACAGUUAUGUGAAGUGCGCAGCCUUAAAGGGCGACAUUGUAUCUAUCCGGUAAGCGCUUAUAUUUUUUCAUUAGAUAAGUAUACAAUUUUAUGACGUUGUUACUUUUAACAAAUUGGUACAAGUAAUGUUCUAGGUUAUUAAUUUCGGGUAACAUCUUCAAUUAUUAUUCACCAUAAAGCCCCGUUUACACUACGCUCGAUUUUUGGUACCGUACCACUUUUUUGGCUCUUGGACUAGCUAUUUAGGUAGUCCAAGAACCAAAAAAGUGGUACGGGUACCAAUUUUAUCCGUGCCGUACCAAAAAUUGGGCGUAGUGUAAACGGGGCUUAAAACAACCUUCUUUUCAUUACUAAAAUAUCUUUACUCUGUUUUUUUAAAUUAUAGUUUCAUACAGUUCCAGGACAGCAGAUUGCGGACAGUCUUCCGAUAGACAAGAGCACUAUAUCAUGUAAACCUCACUCGAGCCGUAUCACCAGCACCUGUGCAUGUAACUGCGGACGAACACAAGCACAACGCGAAGACCCGUUUGAUUUAAAGG